GAGAGAGACAGAAGAGUCUCUCUUGCAUUAAAGUGAUCUUCACACACUAAAAGUCCACUAAUCAAUGCCUUAACCGUAUUUCAAUUUAAUGCUUAUAUCUAUUUAUAACCAUAUCUAUCUCCCUCAACUAACCCACUUAACCAAAGAAAAAUGUUCGCAAAACCGAUCCUUUUAGCUUCCCUUCUCCUCAUCAUCUUCGUCUCUGCAACUCACUCAGCUCGUCAGAAGAGCGGUAACAAUGGUUUAGGAUUCGCCGGUGUACCCGGAUCCGGAUAUGCCGGGAUACCCGGAUUUGGAAACGGGUUUCCGGGAACCGGAGUCGGCGGUGGAUACGGCGGAGGGUACGGUGGUCCGAGCGGCGGGUACGGGAAAGGAGGUGUGGUGAGACCGACCGUGACUUGCAAAGAGAAAGGACCUUGUAACGGCAAGAAGCUGAGGUGUCCUGCCAGGUGUUUCAGCUCUUUUAGCCGCUCCGGGAAAGGAUACGGCGGUGGAGGCGGAGGUGGUGGAUGCACCAUGGAUUGUAAGAAGAAAUGCAUCGCUUACUGUUAAAAAUAAAUAAUUAAAAUAACAUAUUUAUAAUAUAUAGUCAUACCAAUGAUUAUAUAUUUCUAUGUUAGCUAUAUAUAUUUAAUGAUCAUGAGGAUCCUUUUGUCUUGAUUUGAUUGUAGUAGUUUUUAUAUGCAUAAUAUAUGGUUGUGAUUGAAUAAAUGAGGAAGCUGUUGGGUUUUCUCAGUUUGUCUGUUUGUUGUAUGAGAGAUUAUGAGUUUCUUUUAAUGAUUUGAUCUUUAUUAUGAUAAUCUUGAUUAAUA